ACCCUAUCGUUUAAAGUUGAGGUAAUUUAAGUAUGUUUAGACAUGUUCGGUGUUUACGACAAAUCGAAGGAUAGUAUUUUGUAUUUCGCAAACCGCAUUGGGAUCCUUCUGGGAUUUGAUGUAAUCAGUGAUAUUUCAAACAUUAAUAUUGAAUUCUUCGAAUACGUACUUCAGAGUAUUAGCGAUUUCAAAAGUGAUCCCUCAAAAGAAAAUGAAAGCCGUUGGAACUACUUGCUGCAAUCACUGUCAAACUUAAUGGGCAUCUCGCUUGAAUAUAUAUCUGCCAAAAAUUUGUGCGUGCAUAAUCUGAAUGAUCUUCACAAUCUCCUUGAAAUUAUUAAUCUUCUAACAGAAGUUUCAUCCCUCAGUAGUGUGAAGAACUUUUCGGAUUGCAGCCGUGUUCACCAAGCUAGCUCAAUCGUAGAUGACUCAAAGAGAAAUAAAUUGCACGGAAAUGUUUCGUACAAACUUGGAAAUGACCACAACAUGGGUUCUGAAUAUGAUUCCGUGCCAAUUUCCUUCAGUGAUUUUCGAUUUGAUUCUGCGAACGAAACAAAAGACAAUCUAGAACAUAUCUUGCAGUCUACAAAUAAAGCAGAGAAUAGUGAUACUAUUAGACUGGCGUAUUUACGAGAAAAAUUGAAAGAGUGUUUAUCAAUUAUGCGGCACAACAGAAGCAGUUUGAAAAACACUGAGUUUUGGGUAAAUACUACUUUACAGCCAGAUUCAAUUGCCAUUGGACAGUCUACUGCAAAACACCUCACAUCUAAAGGUUACAGUUCUGGCUGCAGUAGUGUAAUUAAACCUCAUGCUAAACCUCUGGUGGAACCAUUGGCUAUUUGUAGAAAAAAGCAUCCAUAUGUAAUGCAUCCAAACAGUGUCUGUGAAGAGAAUCAAGAACGAUCUGAACAACCGUUCAACAGAAUACUUAAGGCAUUUCCAAGACUUGAUUUAGAUGGACAUGAAGAGCACAUUCUUCAAAGAAAAGCGUUAAGCGUGAUAAAACAGUUUUCGGACAAUUUUCCCACUGAUCUGUCGUCGCUGCGUGCUUCAACUAUCAGUGAACCAAGAUCUCUGCUGAGAAAUGUUGAAGAAACCCAGAAGCAUCGUCUUUCUCAGUUAUUACGCCAUGAUCGUCAGAUAGACCAUCUUAGAAAGCAAAGAGCAAGUGAAGCUGUUGAACGACGUAUCCGAGCAGAAGCUAGGGAGCGGAAGUUCCAACUUGUUAGAGCUAAAAAAUAUUUUGAUGAAUUUGUCCGAGAAUUUCGCCUCAAAAAACUCAGUAAAAUUAAUGCUGAUGAACAGAUAUUUCGAAACUUCUUCCAACAAUUUCUUCAAUGUCAAAAAGAAUACCUUAAUGAAAUGCGAAAACUGGAGCGUGAAGAAAAACUACAGGAAAAGGAACAAAGAAAAAGGCUUAUAGAGACUAUAGAACACGAAUAUCGUGUUCGAUUGGAGUUGUUGAAUGAAAAUAUUAAAAAGGAGCGUGAUGAACAAUCACUUCGCAUGCGUGAAGAACAAAAAAUAUUGAAGAAUAGUAAACGGGAUUUACGCCGUCAUUUGGAAACAAGUUUACGUGAAACACAAGAAGCCUUUUUAAACAAUAAAGACAGAGUAUAUUUCAGAGAACAAGAAGCGAAGAUGCUUUUAACAUCGAAUAACCUUUCCUUACAUAAUUCCAAAGGAAAUCAUUGAAACCAUUUAAUUGUACAAUUUUGUGAUUUGUAAUGGUAUUUGUCAAUCAACUUUACAAAAUUUCUUCAUAUUGUACAGCUAUAGUGUAUAUGGGAUAUUUUUGAACAAGUUCAUUCUGGACUGACAUAUAAGUAACUUUUAUGAGAUAAUAUAAACUUGAUUAUCG